AUGCAACUCCUGCACAAGUGCCGAAUUCGACUGCACGUUCUGCCCAAACUGCUUGGAGUCGAUGCACAACAGCGAGGCGCGGAUGAAGAAGAACCGUUGCUUCGCCUGUACGGCGUGUCCGCGUUGUGCGCGGCCAAGUUUUCGGAUCGCCACGGCUUGCAAAAGUUGUACCAGGCGCGCAAGAAGGCGAUCGAAGGUCCGCAAUAUACUGUGGAAGCCCAUGAGGCCACCGCUGAGGUCCCAGAUGACUUGAAUGAGAUUCUGGCCUCGAAAGCGACUUCAACAAUGCCUCUAGCGGCCGCGCUUAGCCAGAAUGUUUCGGGAGUUUCCACCGAGCAACCUGUACGCAUUCCUAUGGCGGCCCGAAAGGCUUUAAGGUGCAACGAAUGCGACUACCACAUCAAGAAGCUCGAAUUCAGCGCCACGACGACCCGCUACAAAAUUGGGUUGUUUGCAAGGAACGUCAUACCGGAGCUGCGUUUAUCCCGCCCCGCUGACAUUGAGCUGGGGCGCGAGGCGUCGAUCUUCCUCACCAUCCAGAACCACACUGAUUCGACGACACAGUUGAUGAUCAUGCCCGACCCUCAAGAAGAUUUGGUAGAGAACGUUACUGACGUGAUCGCGCUCACGAUGCAAUCUUAUGACAACAAUGCUGGCGUACUGAGCGGUGAUGAGAAGAAACAGGAAACGCCGUCGCAUCCCCGAGUUGUUUUUACCAAGCGCAACCGCACUGGGAUUCGAUUGGACGUCUUGCGAAAGGACGACUCCAUCAAGAACGUGCUUGGCCUGCUACUGAAGUACAAGAAUACAUCAUCGACGGCAGUGAAUAGUGAUAAGCCGGUAUCUUGGAAUGUCGUGCGGGUUCGUAUCACCUUGGACGUU